GCUACUUGUCACGCUCUCGUCGAUCGAUCAGUUCACUCAGCUCCUUGCGAUCCCGCCGUUAGCAAGCACCGGAGCUCUAGCUCGGCCGAUCGUAUUAGGAGGAUAUAUAGCUUAAUUCGGUCGAUUUCUCUCCAAGAGGAAGCUAGCUACGCGCGAUCCGAUCGGCCUGGCGGCCAUGGCCGAUGACUCGCCGUCGUCCCCGGCUUCUUACAUCCGAUUGUGUAAUUGGUGUCGUCGGUCGAUCGGCCGGCCAUCCGGACAUGCAGGUGCAGCACCUGAUCGAGAAGUGCAUCUGCUACAACAUGGACAGGGAGGAAUGCGUGAAGACGCUGGAGAAGCAAGCCAACAUCAUGCCCACCGUCACCUCAACCGUGUGGAAGGAGCUGGAGAAGGAGAACAGGGAGUUCUUCGAGACGUACAAGAAGGAGCGAGGCGAUCAGGAGCCGUUGCAGAAGAGCAGCUGUACUCCUUCGGAGCAGGCGUCUGCUUCCAAGAGCUCAGACGACAACGACAACUAGAGUCGGGACCGGCCGGGAUGGGAUACAUGCACAUGAAACUAUAUAUAUGGAGGUGACCGUUGAUGUAGUACAGAGCAAUUAAAUCGCAGCUAGCCACGUAUCCUGGCCUAGCUAGACGAUCAAUCCAUCGAGCGUAUAUUCAUUCCGUUGGUUGGUCGACGAGGAACGAGGAGAAGAUUCAGAGUGUCAUCGAUGGCAGCGCGGCUCAUUCAAAUCUGGCAUACCACGUGGAGGUUGGAAAUGGACGUCCGGAGGCGACGACGUACGUGUGCGCGUCAGUGUGACAGUGCGUGUCUGUUUGUACGUACGUAUGUAUAGUUUGUAAAAUUGUACCCAUCUGUGUGAUCGACCAGCUCUAGCUGGCUAGCUAGUUACUGUCACAAGAAAGCUAGCCUCUCCUGU